CAUUCAAUCAUCUGGAUCCAAAGACAGCAGUCUGGCUCUAAGAAUCUUGGAUACCUCAAGAAAGAUGAGAAGAAAAAUGCUCACACUGAAUUUUGUCCUCAUCAUUCUACUAUGCAUUAAAGGAGGGUGUUCUGAUUGGGUUGUGGAAAACCCUGAUGGAUUGCUAUCAGUCUCCGGUUCCUGCCUUCUGAUCCCAUGCAGUUUUAACUACCCAAGUGAUAUGCAGCCAAAUAACGGUAUUGUUAUGAUCUGGUAUAAAAAUUUUGACUCUGAAAAGACACUAGUGUACCAUCCCAAUGAGGAAAUUGAUGCCGCAUUUAAGGGACGUGUGGAAAUGCUGGGGGAUUCCACACAAAAAAACUGUACCCUCCUCAUAAAGAACGUAAAUGAACAAGAUUCCGGGAAUUACAGAUUUAGGUUUGAGUUAACUGGAGUUAACGCUUGGCUAAGCAGGAAAGGAGUCACAGUUUCAGUGACUGAUAAUCCCGUAACCCCUGUGGUUGUGUCACCACCUGAUGUAACUGAAGGGCAAUUUGUGACUUUUCAGUGUUCAACUCCAUAUUUUUGUCCUGAUUCUUCUACUGCACUUGCAUGGCAAAACUAUGACCCAGAGAGAUUUGAAUUAUCUGCUCAUGCACAGCUGGAUACAUCUGCGGUUCUUGUCACACAGAACCUCACUCGUAGCUUUACCUGGAGAGAGAACCAGAAAGCUAUUCGUUGUGAACUUUCAGUUGGUGCUCACAAAGCAAUAAAGGAAGUUAUUGUGAGCGUCAAACACUCUCCAAAGGGCGUUACGGCCUUAAUGAAACCCGCAGAGGAGAACAUUAAACAAGGGACGUCACUCAUGAUGACCUGUAAUGUUAACAGCAGCAACCCAGACAUUAGGAACUACACCUGGUAUAAAGAUGAGAAGCUCAUUUCCAACAAGCAGUUAGUCACCUUCAACAGCAUUUCCAGAUACGAUUACGGAGAAUAUCGCUGUGAGGCGCACAAUUCUAUUGGCACUGGAUCUUCUGAAAAGCUGCAAGUUGUGGUUUUCUCUGCUAAAAUCCUGGUAAACCCUUCUUCUGAGGUCCAUGAAGGACAAUCUGUGGAACUGACGUGUGAGGUUCCUGGGGCAACUCCUCAGGACAUUCAUUACAACUGGUACAAGAAUGGCAUCUGGAUGAAGGAAGGGUCUGGAAAGACUAUAAUAUUCAAUGAAAUUACCAGUUCUGACACAGGAUAUUAUAUCUGCAAAGUACAGAAUGACAAAGGCAGUGACACCUCUCCAGCCAUCACACUAACUGUUCUGUACCCCCCAAGGACUCCAAAACUUUCUUCUUUUUUGGAAACUCAAGAAGGAAAUUUGGCUAUUAUUGAAUGCACAGUGGAUAGCUACCCAUGGUCUGAACUAAAGCUAUACAGAAACGAACAACUUAUCGCUACAACCACCACUCAUAGCGCCCCAACUCAGCGGCUAACAGUGACCUCCUCUCGAAACUCACUGAAGCUUAAAAUCCAGGAGGUGACUCUUUCUGAUGAAGGAACCUACAGGUGCUCCGCUCAAAACACGAUUGGAAGCUCAUCAACAAGUCUUCUUCAGUUCAUUGUAAAAAGUGCUCGAGUGCUGAUAACUCCAUCCUCUGAAAUAGAAGAAGGCAACAAAGUCUCCCUGACCUGCAAAACUACAAGAAAUUUGAAUACAGCUACAAACUACACCUGGUACCACAACGGCAAAUGGUUUAAGGAGGAAAGCCAACUUGUCUUUGAACGUGUGUCCAGUAAAGAUGCUGGUUCCUAUUACUGCAAGGCACAGAAUAAUCAGGGACACAGCAUUUCCCCGCCUGUAACAUUACAUAUCUUGUUUUCACCCAGAGAUAUCUCAGUAAAGUCGUUUGUGUCAAUGCAAAAAAAGAUAGUGGGGAUCAUUCAGUGCGAUGUGGCCAGUGACCCUCCAUCACAACUGCUCCUCUACAGAAAAGACACCUUGGUAGCUUCUAGCUCUCGAACCAUUUAUAAUGAGAGAUACAAUGUUUUGCCUUCUGUUAAUUCCAUAAAACUAGAGAUCUUGGAUGUUCUGAUAGAGGAUGAAGGGACGUAUAUAUGUAUAGCCAAUAACACAUAUGGUUCUGCAACAGGAUCAUUGGAUUUCACAGCAAAGACUGCAAGAGUUACUAUAAACUCACCUUCUGGUGUCCGGGAAGGAAAUCUUGUAAAUAUGACGUGUGUGCUAAGCAGCGCAUCAGACAUGAGCACGUAUGAAUACACCUGGUACAAAGACGGUAUCUUCUACACUGACGGGCAUGAACUGAACUUCCCACAAGUCACCAGUAAGGAUUCUGGUUCCUAUUACUGCAAAGCAGACAAUAAUGAAAAUAGCAAGAGCUCUGCCCUAGUUUAUCUUAAUGUGGAAUAUUCACCAAGACAUACUUAUCUGAAAACAUUUUUGGACACAGUGGAGGGGACAACAGCCAUCUUCCAAUGCACAGUAGACAGUUAUCCACCAGCCGAGCUGUCUCUCUACAGAGCAAAAGAGCUUUUGGUUUCCAGAGAAAAUCAGGGUCUCUCUAAUUCACGGUAUCGUGUAUUCUACUCUCUUAAUUCAUUAAGGCUCCAAAUUAGUGAUGUGACCUUCGAUGAUGAAGGGGAAUAUUCCUGUCAGUCAAGAAAUACCAUCGGUUCGGAGUCAGAGUCCAUAUAUUUCAAAGUGCAGACUGCUAGGGUUUUGGUGAACCCAUCAUCAGAAGCGUUGGAAGGGGAUAAGGUGACCCUUACAUGUGACAUGGCCAAGAAAACUCUGUUGGCUGAGGCAAACUACUUUUGGUACAAGAACAGCCGGCUGCUGCCAAACAACAAGGAUCAAAUUGUGGUAUUUGAAAAAAUAAAAAGCAGUGAUGCUGGUUAUUAUUACUGCAGAGCACAGAGCACUCAGGAUAGCAGCAUCUCCCCAUCUGUGUCCCUCCAUGUGUCUUAUGCUCCACGUGAACCAAUCAUGUCUUCAUUUUGGGAGAUGCAGGGUGGACAAAUUGGAAUAAUUCAGUGCAGUGUUGACAGUGAUCCACCAUCUUGGUUGGCUCUGUACAGGAAGGAGACAUUGGUUGUUUCCAGUGACUCUCUGGUGCCACCCAAAAAGAGGAUGACAGUAUCCAUUUCUCAGAACGCACUGACACUUCAGAUCAGAGAUGUCCUGCUGGAAGAUGAGGGGACUUAUUUAUGUGAGGCUAAAAACUCCAUUGGUAGCUCCAACUCCAGUAUAAACUUCACUGCAGAAACCACCAGAAUUCAGGUGACGCCGUCCUCUUCAGUUCUGGAAGGAACGUCAGUGGAUCUGACUUGCGUUGUGAAAACUAAUGGCACAAAUCAAAUGAAUUACAUCUGGUACAAGAAUGGAGACAAAUAUCACGAGGGCACUGUCAGUUCACUGCUAUUUGAUAAAGUAUCCAGUGAUGAUGGAGGAUCAUAUUACUGCACAGUGCAAGGAGAGCAGGGGCCCAAGAACUCAGCGUCCAUCACUUUAAAUGUCCUGUAUGGACCAAGGAACACAAGAAUUCAGUCAUUUCAAGGAACACAGAAUGGGAAAUCUGCUAUCAUUGUAUGUUCUGUUGAAAGCAACCCACCCUCAGAAAUGUCUCUAUACAAAGGAGAUGACCUUAUAGCUUCUUCCAAUAGCACCGUGAGCAAUAGGAGGUUCCAGAUGCACUUCUCAUCAGGCACAUUAAGGUUGGAGAUACAAGACGUCAUGCUGAUUGAUGAAGGGACAUAUAUUUUUACAGCUAGUAACCACAUUGGUACAGCAAAGACAUCUAUAGACUUCACUGUAGACGAUGCUCGUGUAUUGGUGAGCCCAUCAGCAAAAGUGCAAGAAGGUCACUCAGUAACUUUAACCUGUGAUGUGCUAACCAGCUCUCACUUAGUGACUGGUUAUACCUGGUAUAAGGACAGUCGAUGGCUCCAGGAAGGGUCUGUUGGAACAAUAGUAUAUAAAAAAGUGAGCGUGAGCGAUGCUGGAUCUUAUGCAUGUACAGCACAUAGUAGUGAAAGCACCAAAAGAUCACCAGCAGCCAGCCUAAACGUGUUAUAUACCCCAAGAAACAUGGCACUGACUUCAUUCCUAGAGACACAGGAGAGACAUAUGGGAGUUAUAGUGUGCAUUGUACAGAGUGACCCUCCGUCUCAGCUGUCUCUGUACAAGGGCAAUAAACCUUUACUGCCUUCUGGGUCACAUGACACCAACCAUCAUUUUACGUUUUUGGUUUCCCAUAAUUCCCUGAGGCUUGAAAUCUCCGAUAUCACCUAUGAGGACCAAGGAGUAUACACUUGUCAGGCAAACAGUUCCAUAGGAACUGCAAACAAAUCCAUACGCUUCUCUGUGGAAACUGCAAGAGUUGCAGUGUUUCCAUCUACAGAAUUAGCAGAAGGUGCAUCAAUGAAUCUAACGUGUGAGAUCCCCAGCAAAGCCCAAAACAAAUUUAUUUACACCUGGUACAAAAAUAACAAAUUAAUGAGGGAAGGUUCUGAGGUCUCUCUGUUGCUGCGCAAUGUUACCAGCGCUGACAUCGGCUCGUACCACUGUCUAGCACAGCACGGGAACAGAAGCAUAAUCUCAUCUAUGGUUGGAAUAAACGUACACUAUGCUCCAAGGCGCCCUCUGAUGACAUCAUACUUAGAAAUGCCUGAACAAAAGCAGGGCAUCAUACUGUGCCGCACUGACAGUGUCCCUGAAUCUGUGAUUACCCUGUAUAAGGGUGAUGUGCUCCUGACCAGCACAGCUCUGUCUCUGGCCGACAAUAAUCAAAGGAUCUGGGUAUCAUCUUCGCACAAUUACUUGAGACUGGAGAUCAGAGACAUCACAGCUGAAGAUUCUGGACGCUAUGUAUGCACUGCUAGCAAUAAAUUAGGAGCAACAAAAUCAUCUAUUAUUUUUACUAUAAAAGAUAAGAAACUAAUUGGAUUCCAGAUAUUUGCCUGGGCGGCUAUUAUUGUCAUUUCCAUCCUUUUUUUUGUUGUAUGUACCCUGAUUUACAUAAUUAAGAUUAAGAAAAAAUACAUAAGGCAAACAGACAACUAUUCUUUGGAGAUGGACACCAAGGGCACACAGGAAUCUCAGAAUGGAAUGUAAUCUUGAAUCCAAUCAUAUGAUUUGUAAUGGAGGACUUUUUUGCCCUGGACAUGUUAUUGAUACAAAACAAUAUUGAGAGAAAACCUUUUCUUCUAUAGUUAAUAAUUCAAUAUCCCAAGGACGCUGUAAGGAACUGAGGGUUUUUUUUGGGGGGAGGGGGGAAUUUAUUGUCACAUACGUACAUUAUAAAUAUUAUUAUUGCAAACAAUUGUGUUAAACUUACAUACAAUAAAUUUAUAAUUUUAACACUCACACCAUAUUUAACUAUAAAACCAGUGCCUUGUAAGAUAAUCAAAUGACAGUUUUACAACUACAUGUUAUGAACAAUUUGCCUAAUUUUUGGAAGAAAAUUGUCUCUACUCCUUAUGAUGUCACUGCGUGUUGCUUUAUUUCUUGUAGAAAAUGUAACAGUAUCAUCUAGAGCUAUGGUAUGUCUUGUCUGAAAGAGGAGUUUCGUUUCUUUUGGACAGGGGUUUUGAUUGGAUUUUGUUUUUUGCUUAGAUCAAGAUACAGUGCUCAUUCCUUGCUUCUUGACAACCCUAAAAUUGAAUAAGAAAUUCCAGUUUUUAGAUUGGCCCUGUGUAUAUGAAAGAGGAGAAUCACUUCAUUUAAGUAUGUGGUCUCAUGGGUUGGAUAGUUUUAUUUUUGGGCGAAAUAACCUCAGAGCCACAGAGUGCUCCCACAUUUAUUACCCUAAAAUAGUUGUCUAACAGUAUAAAAACUGCCAUUUUAAACACAAUCUAUAAUUUUCUUGGAAAAGGGAGAUAUCCCUCUUUCCAAUGAGGGGUCGCAUUCCUGUAACAUGAACAGAAACAGAAUAAAGAGCUUUUUAAUUGUGUAUUCCCAGUGUUAGUACCUAACUGUUGUAAGUCUUACUAUAAUAUAAGUCUAACAGAUUUAGCCUAGAUUAAAAGAUUAACCAUAACUACUUGCUUUCUGCAACACAGACUGAAAUACAUUUGUCAGAUAACACAUAUCACAUAUUUGCAAGCAGAUAAAAGAUGUUUUUUAAUACAAUUUUGUAUAUUUUUUGUAAAAUAAAAUCCAUUUAAAAUA